AUGGCAUCAUCAAAAGGCUUGUUGAAGAUUAUAUCCGAAGGAGUUUUCAGAAAAUUUGAGAUGGGUUCUCUUCACGGUCCGGUUCUUUGCCCCGUGGUCUGUGCAAAACAAACUGGAAUGUACUCUGUACCUGUAAAAUCGCCCUUAUCAAAUGCUAAGUUCAUCAAAAGUGGAUUCUUGGGGAUUAGGGGGAUCAACAGCGGGAAUUCCAACGAGAAUGACGCUGAUUAUGUGAAUUCCAGUGUGGUUGAAGCUGUCGAGGUGAGGAGUAGCCCGGAUGGUUUCAUGAUCAAGAUGAGAGAUGGUAGGCAUUUGAGAUGUGUCCAUAAUAAUCCUCAAGGGGUUCAUCUGCCAGAUUAUGCUCCACAUCCAGCAAUCGUAUUGAAGAUGGAAGACGAAAUGGGACUUCUUCUUCCGAUAAUUGUUUUGGAGAUGCCAAGUGUGCUGCUCAUGGCAGCCGUACGCAAUGUCCAAAUUGCUAGGCCUACAGUGUAUCAAGUGGUGAAGGAUAUGAUUGAGAAGAUGGGCUAUACAGUUAAACUUGUUCGAGUCACCAAGAGGGUACACGAGGCAUAUUUUGCCGAGUUACAGCUUGUAAAGUUGGACAAUGAAGCAGAAUGUGUCAGCUUUGAUCUGCGACCUUCAGAUGCCAUUAACAUAGCUGUGAGAUGCAAGGUGCCAAUACAAGUCAACAAAUACUUGGCCUACAGUGAUGGCAUGAGGGUUAUUGAAUCCGCAAAAGUGCCCUUGCUGAGCUCUUUAUCAGAUGGUUUGCUAUUCACUGAGUUGGACAGGCCUACUGGGAAGCCUUGCCUUGAAACAGAGGAGUUUAAUCUUUUGCGCAAUAUGCUAAUUGCUGCAGUUGAAGAACGAUACAGAGAUGCAGCUCUCUUGAGGGACAGGCUUACUCAACUUCGCUCUAAGAGGAACUGGACAUAG